AUGGAGUUCUGGGGAGCUAAAGUUAAAGCCGGCAAGACUCUCAAAGUGAAUCCUGGUGAAAACUGUCUCAUCCACAUUUCUAAGGCUUGUCUCGGUAAAGCGAAAAAGGGAGUAUCAGCCCACUUGUAUGCCACCAUUGAUGACAAGAAACUCCUCCUUGGAACACUCUCUCAAGACAUCAGCUUUGAUCAUCUCCUCUUCGACAGAGAAUUCGAGCUCUCCCACAGCUUGGACAGAGGAUCUGUCCAUUUCACUGGAUACAAAUCCAAAGUCUCCACAAAGUCCAAGCCUAGUGCUUCAGAUGAUGAUGAUGAUGAGGAGGCAUUUGUAGAGAUGGUCCACUCUGCAAAAACAAUGAAGGAUUUGAUGUAUCCUAGUGAUCCAGAUAAUCUCUUACUAACAAAAGAGGAUCUAGAGAAAUCGGUACCAGAGAAAUGUACAAAAGCUCUAACAACAGUUCCCUCUUAUCCUCGCGAAGAUCCUGUCUUAACAGAUUCAGAUGAGGAAUUUCUGUCGCCCACUCUCCUGAUUAUGAGUAAUAUCGACAUUAAUUCUACCAGAGCUGACAUUACAAAAUUCAUCCAAGAUAAUUGCAACGUGCAAGUUCGUAACAAUAAUAUUAUGCUGGUAUCGACGGUGAAUGAGGAGAGUAAUAUGCCAGAGCUUGAAGCUCAUAUCGAGUUCCGGUCUAAUCAGGAACUAAAACUGGCAAGAAAAUUGAAUGGUCAUCUAAUGGGCGAGUCUCGUAUUUUCUGUGAAAGAACACUUGGCAGCUUACGUGUGUUUUUCGUCUCUGGAUUCAACCGUGAUCGGAGUGAAGAUGAUCUUAAGCGACAAAUAGGGGAAAAAUUUAAAGCAUGUGGAGCACUGAAGAAGAUAGUUUUGCCUAAAGAGCAAGAACAUUUGCUAGGGUAUGUUAGGUUUGGUUACAUAGUCAUGGACACAACAUCUGAAGAAAUGGUGUUAAGCAUGGAUUCAACUAUCAUGGGAGGCGAAGAAAUCUGUGUUGAGAGUGUUAAUCCAAGAGGUAGAGUUUUUAAAGCUUUAAUGGAAUCUGAAGGUUAG